CCUUCAAUGACCACCAAAGACCAGUAAGUCAUUCUUCUUUAACGACAUGUUAACAGUUUGGCUUUUUUUUUUGCAGCAUUUUUUGAAACUGUUGAAUUUUUGUGCAGGCAAAACCCAAGAUUUCUGCAUCUCGCAGACUGACCCUGAAGGUCAAGCUGCUCAAGGCCGCAACGGUGAUGUUGGAGAAGGAGAAGGAAAGAAAGUGCCAGGAGAGAGAAACCACCUUGAGCGAGAGACUGCCACCGCUGCAGCUGUCUAGCGUGUCAAUGCAGGACCUUCAGGCUCUGUGCAAAGAACUGCACCAUAAAAUCGACGUGGUCGAUGAAGAGCGCUACGACAUCAACUCCAAGGUUACCAAGAAUAACGUAGAGCUUGAAAAUCUCUCUGCCAAGAUCAUUGAGCUGAAGGGUAAAAUGAAGCGUCCCGCUCUUAAAAGGGUAAAGAUUUCAGCUGACGCCAUGUUGGGAGCGCUGUUGGGCGCCAAGGUCAAGGAAUCUGUUGACUUUAAGGCCAACCUUAAGACCCACAAGAAGGACGAAGAGAAGAAAGAGGAAGUGACUGACUGGCGUAAGAACGUGGAGGCCAUGUCCGGCAUGGAGGGCAGAAAGAAGCUGUUUAAUGCCGGCCAGUAGAUUCAAAAUGAAUCAGAUGGACAACUAGGAAGCCCACAGUAAUGUUGCUGUGUUUGACCACCAUAGAUUAACACUAACACGCCUUAAAUGGUUUUGUAAAUUCCUUUUUGUAGAUAAUGUCAAAGUGUGCGCUAUGUCCUUAUAGUGUAGAAGGUGCUUGGAAACAAUGCAAUAAAAUAAAUGAGUUGAAUUUA